AUGAUGGGAAGAUUUUCCAUUCCGAUCAAGGAAGAAAAUCUUCGAAAAUUGGUUAAGAGAGAUAAUGUAGAGAUUGGUCAAUUGUUUUCCAUGUAUCAAGAUGAGAAAUUCAUUGCUCAAAAGUCAGCUGUAAAGUCAUCAAGAAUUUCAGGCAAGAUGAAAGGUGCAGAUGUGAAUGGAAAUUUCUCACCAUUGAUUAUUGUGGGAGGAUUGGGUGGUUCAGCACUCAUGUCUCAGAGAAAUAAUGCUGUGAAGGAGCCUCAUUGGUGGUGUGAAAAGUCAACUGAUCCAUUCCAAAUUUGGAUUUCUUUGGAAGAGCUAGUUCCAUACUUUACUGAAGAUUGUUUCGUUCAUGACAUGUCUAUUGAAUUGAAAGAUGGUUUAUUGAGACAAAAAGAUCAAGGUGUAAAGAUUUUUGGAAAGGAUAUUGGUGGAAUGGGUGGUUUAGAAUCAGUUUUAGCACAAUUCGAAAGUAAGGCUUAUUACAUGAAGAGUUUAUCUGAUUAUUUGGUACAGAAUGGAAAUUAUCAAAUUGGAAAGAGUUUGAGAGGGUUAACAAUGGAUUGGAGAUUGGGUGUGAGAGAAUGGGCCAGUAGAAACAAUUCUAUUGGCGGUGAUUUCUUUAAUUUGAAAGAAUUAGUUGAAGACACUUACAAGAUUAAUGGAAAUAAGAAAGUUUCACUUUUGGGACAUUCGAUGGGUGGUCCAUUCUUGCAAUACUUUUUGGCUACUUUUGUGGAUCAACCAUGGAAGGAGAAAUUCAUUGAUAAUUUCAUUCCAAUGGCAGGUGCUUUUGAUGGUUCUCCACUUGCUUUGAUUUUAUAUGUAACUGGUACAAAUUGGGGAAUUCCAACCUUUGAGCUCUCUAAUGCUAGAAAAAUUGUUCGCCAAUAUGCUUCUCCAUUGUUCAUGUCACCAAAUUAUUUCCCUUACAAUUACCCAUUCUUUACCUAUAAUAGAAAUAAUGUGUCUGGACCAAGUUAUAGAAUUAAUCUUCCAGAUAUUGAAAGAUACUUUUCAGAUGCCCAAAUUGCAAAUGGCAUUAACAUUUACAAUCAUGAAUUUUCUGCCUAUUCCAAUAACAAGAUUGCCGCUCCAAAUGUAACCACUCACUGCUUUUAUGGUUAUGGUGUUCAUACUAUUACUCAUAUGGAAUAUUCGGGUUCUAAGGAGUUGCAUGAUUUGGACUUUGAUGACUUGUGGAAAGGAAUGAAAGUGUUAAAUAUUGAAGAUGGGGAUGGAACAGUUCCUGCCUAUUCUCUCCAAAUUUGUGAUGAGUUUGCAAAAUAUCAAAAACAUGCCGUGUAUCAACAUAGGUUUUUCAACACUUCUCACAUUGGAAUUGUUCUUGAUGAAAAAGUAUUCGAAUCUCUUUUACAAGUUCUUAAGAAAUAA